UUUCACCAUACUGUUUUACAGUAUUUUAAUUUGUAGGUAUAUGAUUAACAGUCAAAAAUGUGAUUUAAUUAGAUUAGUGCAAGUACAUUAAAAGUGUAUCGGUUGAAUGUAGGUGAGAUCACUUAAAACUGCGCAAUGUCGGGUGAGAACGACACCCUCAAGAAGGAGGUCCAACUUCCGGAGGACCUCGAAGACGACCUUAUCCGGGAGGUCUUGAAUUCUGGCACGGAUCUUCGUCAGUAUUCGGCCCAAAUUGAAAAGGAGCUCCAGGAAGUCGAGAACAAGUCCAUUCAGGAUUACAUGAAGGAGAGCGAAAACAUUGCCAGCUUGCACAAUCAAAUUGCAGCCUGCGACAACAUCUUGGAGCAAAUGGAGUCGAUGCUCAUGGGCUUUCAGUCUGAUUUGGGAAGUAUAAGCGAGGAAAUUCUUCACCUUCAGCGAAAGUCAAUUACCAUGAGCCAACAGUUGACCAAUAGGCAGGGCAUCAGAGGACCACUGAGUCAGUUCAUCGAGGACAUAUCAGUUUCGGAUGAUCUCAUAGCAGGGAUUAUGGACAGUCUCGUGGUUGAGCCGGAAUUUGUAACGAAUCUCGAGAUACUCAGUCACAAAAUCAAUUUCGUAAAAGAACAGAGCUUCAAAGAUACAAAAAGCUGCAAUGAUGUCAAAGAUACACUGGAAAAACUAAAGUUGAAGGCAAUGGCAAAGAUCAGAACUUAUCUUCUGGAGCAAAUAUACAAAUUUAGAAAACCCAUGACCAAUUUUCAAGUGCCACAGAACAACAUGUUGAAAUUUAAAUUAUUUUUUGAAUUCAUUCUUGCUAACGAAAGAAACAUUGCCGAGGAAAUAUGUGGAGAGUACAUUGAUACAAUGGGAAAAAUAUACUACUCUUAUUUCAAAUCUUACUCUUCGAGGUUGAAAAAGUUGCAGUUUGAUGAAAGUCCUUCCAAAGAUGAUUUGAUGGGAGUAGAAGACACUGCAAGCAGAGGUCUUUUCCACAAAUCUCAUUUGAAACAUAGAGGAACUGUUUUCUCGAUUGGUACUCGGGGUGAAGUCUUGUCUUCCCAGUUAGAAGCUCCUAUAAUAGUGCCUCACACUGCGUCAAAAACAAAAUAUCACUAUGAAGCUCUUUUUAGAAGUGAACAGUAUGCUGUUGUUGAUAAUGGAUGUCGUGAGUAUUUGUUCUUGACUGAAUUUUUCAAACUAAGAGGACCUCAAGCUUUAGACAUUUUUAAUCAAGUCAUGGGGAAAACAUUGAGUCUACUGUUGAAAAAUUUACAAUUAUUUGUCGAUACCUCUUACGAUUGUAUAGCAUUGUUCUUAUGCUUACAUCUCGUUAUGAGGUACCAACUAAUGUGCCACAAGAGAGUAGUACCAGCACUUGAUAAGUAUUGGGACAAUAUGACUUCAGCUAUUUGGCCAAGAUUUGAAUACGUUUUUCGAAUGAACAUUCAAAGUAUCAAGGAGUGCGAUCCAAUGAAAUUUACUCGAGAAACCGGGCCCCACUAUAUUACUAGACGUUAUGCCGAAUUCAGUGCAGCCAUGAUUGGCGUUGGUGAAGGUUUCCCUUGCGAAGGUGCUACUCAACUGUUAGCUGAAUUAAGAGAAGCCGUUCAGUGUUUCUUACUUAGAAUGGCUGCAGUCUUCCCUCAGAGAACUCGACAGCUUGUUUUUCUCAUCAACAACUAUGACCUUGUUCUUGGUGUUCUCAUGGAAAGAACGAGAGACAAUUCAAAAGAGGCUGAAAGUUUUCGUGAACAAAUGAAUGCGAGAUCAGCCGAGUACGUUGAAGAAAUUUUGAGUCCUCAUUUUGGUGGAAUCAUCCAAUUGGUCAAGGAGUCGGAAGUACUGAUAGAGAAAGGACAAACCGAAGAUCUAAAGAGACAGGAAGGUAAAGCUCUCGCUCUUGUUCAAUCUUUUACAAAUAAUUGGAAACGAGCAUUGGAGGAAAUAAACCGCGAGGUGGUGAAGUCGUUUCCCAGUCUUCUUUUAGGUACCUCGCUGGUUCAGCGAGCCAUGACUCAACUCGUUCAAUACUACCACCGAUUCCAUAAAAUCUUACCUGCCAAUGCUCGACCACAAUUAACCAAUAUCCAUCACAUUAUGGUCGAAAUUAAAAAAUACAAGACAAACUAUUAAUCAAUUGCCCUCCCCUAUCCGUAAUUUAUACACAUAAUUUUACAUAUCCGUAUUUUAUACGAAUAAUUCUAUAUUUUUAAUUAACUUGAAAAAACUUAGCAGUAUUGUCAUGCCUACGUCCACUAGAGAUUUGAUUUAUUUGUAUGAUUUUCAUUUCGCAUGUUCGCGCUUUGAAAGUUGUCCUAGAAAUGUUGUUAAAAAGCUACAAAAAAAUAACCGUAUUAAGUUGUAAUGGAUUUAUAAUGAAUUCCGGAUGUUAGGUAAAACUCUGCUUUUUAUACAUGCGUCACUAACAGUUAUUAGUUGAGCUACAAAAAAUUAUGUAUUAUUUAGUAG